UAUAUCGUUAGCAGAAAAGAGGAAGUAGCUUUGUAAUACAUCUUUGGGGGUGAAGAUGGCAGCAAAGUUUCCAGAAAGURUCGAAGAUGAUGUAACUUGUCCAAUAUGUCUGGAAAUAUACGAGGAUCCUCGCAUGCUGCCCUGUCAGCACACCUACUGCAAACACUGUCUAGAAACCAUGUUGUGUGAUGAUGCAGAUGGAGUUUUCUUUCGUUAUUAUGGAAAAGUAAUCAAAUGUCCGGAAUGCAGGAAAACUGUGCAGGUCGAGAAUGUUUCUUCACUCCAAAAGAACAUUUGGGUAAACAAAUACAUUUCAUAUCUUGAAAAAUCCAAAGCCGAGAAAAAARGCRCUAAAAARGUGCGACUGAUUUGCAACAGCUGUGAYGGCAAUGAACUGGCAAAAGCAAGAUGUGUCGAUUGUGAAAGAUUUGUUUGUGAUUACUGYAGCGCAGAUCACCAAGUUAUGGAAGUACUCAAAGGUCACAAACUUCUGUCCAUGGAGGUAAUCAAGAGAACAGGUAUCCUAUUAAGAGAUAAGCUAUCUACGUGCAGCAARCAUAAAGGCAAAAAGCAAACGCUAUUCUGUGGAAACUGUGAUAUGCUGAUUUGUAAAAAUUGCACCAUUUAUGACCACAAGGAUCAUGAAAUGUUUCUCGUAGACAUGAUCGGUAGUCAGAGAAAAAGUCUUCAAGAACAAAUCGAAGAUGUUGAGUGUGCAAAAGACGCGGUUCUUUCUGAAAUAAAAAGAGUUCAAGAUAUGAAAAAGAGAGUGGAAAUUCGGAGAGAAACUGUUGAUAAAAAGAUAGAUGCCACAAUAGAUACAAACAUCCAAACUUUGGAAAAAAUGCGCAAAUGUCUUAAAGAAGAAGCAAGAGGAAUGAAGGAGUUCAAGUUGAAGAGAUUAUCUGAGCAACAACAUGAUCUUGAGAUGCAAUUGAAAUGUUUGAAAGACGCCAUUAAGUUCGCACAAAGUAUUCUCGGACAGGAAGGACAUGCUGACUUUUUGUCAAUGGUAGAACAAGUCUUGGUGCGUUUGCCCAAACUGUCAGAAGAAAGAGAUAGUGAAGUCGUUGAAGAAGUUGGACUUGAUUUACAAGUCAAUGACAGCAUUCCAUGUUGUGAUUUGGAUAAUUUUUUGAAAGUCGUAGAUAAAGCUUCCCCUGAUCCUGGAAGGUGUGAGCUCAGUCGCCAUGGAAGAAUCUUUCGGCUGCAAGUCAGGAAUUGCGAUGGCGAACCAAUCGACAUACCAAAAAGUAGGAUUCAGAUCACUUUUCCUCUUCACUACGAGUUAGAUAGUGAUCAUUCUGCAACAGGUUUGUUUCUUAUAACAAGCUCGUUCGCAAACCCAGAAGAAUAUCCUCGGCGGACAACAUUGACGCACUUCAUUUGUAAUAUGAAAGUUUUCAUUGACGGAUACCAUGUAAAAGGAAGUCCAUUGCAAGUUAAUGGACAAUUUUCAGACUCGACCGCACAUGGGUGGGAAGCGGAUGACGAGAGAAUUCCAACACAGCGUCGUUACCACGAUACGGAUUCCGAUGAAGAACAUUAUUUGAGAUGGUAGCCCAUCUCCCUACUUUCUGAGAGCUUGGGAAGCCGGCUGUAAUUUUAGUUAAAAACAUUUGUAAAGCUUAUUUGAUUUGUAAUUUGCUUCAAAAUUAAAACAACAAUAAUAUAAUAAUAAUAAUAAGCCUGAAGUGGCGGCGCAACUAGAUAAACUUCGUCUAAACAUGUUUUCGCUAUUAUUUAGUCUAUUAUAAAAUGUUUAUGUAACAACGUUGUCAAAAGUAUAACUUGUCAAUAAUGACUGGGUUGGCUGCCUGUGCGAAACCAGACCCUACACUCAGAGCGGCGGAACGCCAGUCUAAAUCAGUAAUACAAAGGUUGCUUAUGUAUCAAGCUGAAUUCUAAAGUUAUAUCUUAUAAUUUGGUGCGUAUAUUACAUCCUAGCUCCUAUUAGAGUUGCUGCAGACGAAGAUGGUUUAAUCUUGCAAACUAACGACGACUAUUGCAUUGAUGAUAUGCACACUUUACUAGCAGUUUUUGAUAGGAAUGUCAUCGAUCGUGGCAAUUGCAAGGUGCGCUGGUCAGACAAACAACGGAAUGCACUUCUACUUAUAACAGUUAAGAAUUUCUUUAGAGAACCAAUAGACAUAAAAACAAAUCGAAUUGAGGUAGUUUGUGCAUCAUAUCCGGAAGUAAAUGGCAUUAGUCCUCGUAAAGACCUCUCUACGGAGUACGGUUGGACAAUUUGUCACUCCAGUAACGGGUGAGUUCGAACAGCCGUCCAGCGAACUUGACCAAGAAGGCAUUCACAAGCUCCAAGUACUAAUUGAUGGAAAGGAAGUAGACUGGUAUCGAAUAAAAAAAACGAUGGUGGGAAAGGCUCUUUGAAAAUCCAGGAAUCAGUUGAAAAAAUUGAAAUCAAAAUUAAAAUGAUCAUGAACAUUACACAGGCAGUUCCGGUAAAUAAAAAUUUGUCCUCCAGCAUUUGUGAACUCACCAAUAGAAAAACUGAAAAACUCUUCUGGCUUGUUCAUAGCAUGGUCGUCUCUCCCUCUCUCGAGCGCGCAUGUGUCUGGGGAUCGAAGGUCUCAUUUCACGCGAGAAAAAGACUACUGCGGACGAGUCAGGCUGAUAACUAGAUAUCAUUACUGCCAUGUUAAUUUCCAAAAUUAGGCCGGUAUAUUUCUUUAAAGCUAUAGACAAAAUAGGCUUAUUGAUUUGUAAAAUAGCAAUAUCGUAUUCGUUGUUUUAGAUAUUCAAAUUGUUGAUUCGAAAUUACAGACUGAAUAACUAUU